AUGGCAGCCGAUGAUGAUUUACCGCCAAUCACACCGGAAGGUGUAAACAUCGACCGACAAGGGCCGGAGAUUAACGACGGUGGUUCCCCAUGCUUCAAGAAGGAGCAACCGCAACGACGACAGUUCGAUCCAGUGGAGCAGGAGAUAGUGGUGAAAGCAGUGUCUUCCAUGGACAGUGAUACCGGUGCCAGCUUCGUCCGUGCCGCACCGGCCUGGGCAAUACUGAAAAGCUUCGGCCAAGUUCUCCGAGGAAGCCAUAUGGAUCCAGAGGAGCUCUACUCUCUCAGUUCCCAGGUGGACUCCAUCGAUGAGUUCUGGUCGCACAGCUGGCAGAGCAUGUUGUUUUUCAAGGUGUGGCUGCUACUCAUGCUCAAAAACGGGCGUGCUGCAUGCGUGGGUGGCACACUUAUGGCGUUGGUCGUUGGAUAUCUCUCGUACACAGACAUUCUACCAGGAUGGCAGCUCGGACUACACAUCCUACUUUACCUAUACUUCUACUAUCACCAGUGCAGGCUGUCUUUCGUCUUGCGUUGA